AUGGAGUUUGGCCUUGGACUGUUCUUGUCACUGUCGCUUCAGGAAGAUCGCUCGUUCCAAUUGCCCUCUCCGCUGCCCAAGCCUGUCAUCUCUUUGCCACAUACUCCUCCGGCAUCACCAUACCCUUUCCCGCAUCCCAUCGAUCCCAACUGGCAAUGCUCUCGACAAAGCACGAGCGCCGCCACCACGACCUCUGCCGCUGGACUUCCCGAAUCAUGUUCCCAAGUGCCAGCCAAGGCCACUCAGCCGAAAACGCAUGUCGGCUCUACGGCAGGCCAUACUCGCUUGAGGCGACCUACGGACAACAAUGAGGCUGUCAUCGAGCUGCUCAAUUUGCACCUUAUUCCUGAUGUGCCAAUAGAUGAUCUGGUCCCUGCUGACUUCUUGUCAAACCGGCCAUAUCCCUAUGAUGCCGAAUUCGAGGAUCUGCUCGCAGAGAUCGGAAUAGAGAAUGAAGAUGCGUUCCGGGAAGUACUUCGACAAGUGCCGAAGGAAGGUCGUUCGAAACCACGCAUUACAUACUCACGCAACUUCUAUGGGAGCUUAGAGGAUAUGUCUCGAUACAUGGACUCGUCGGAGGACAACUACUUCGAUGCCACAGAUGACGAUACGGAUGCCGAUGGAGACUCCAAGAUGUCUGACAUCGCAAACUCUACGGCAAAGAAAACGACGCCCAUGUACAAAGGCCAUCGUCUUGGAAAUGCAGCACAAGUCCCUUCAGCGACUCGAAACGGGUUGGUACGCAAUCUUCUGAAGAUGGUCAUUCACAAGUUCAACUGUCGUGAUUACGACAUCUCGAUGAAAGAGCGUCUUCGGAUCAGAGAUGUGAAUUUACCUCAAGGUCUUGUGAUGUAUCACUUCAUGAUAGGAAAGGUCCCUACUGAUCGCGCGCUUGCUCGAGCUAGAUAUGUUGAAGGACCUGUGAUGAGCGUCAGCAUCCGGCACGAAAGCGUCUUCAACGAUAAGCUGUAUAGCGAUCUCAUGAAGACUCGGGAGAAGGCCGAAGUUGGCGACUGUUUGGGCGCAGAGGUCGACCUGCUUCGCGAGACUGGCGCGGCAUUGGCGACAGCUUUGCAGCGUAAUCGUGAGGGAAAGAAGAAGGAUUCCGAGCACGACCGCGUCACUCAGGACUGGUGGUGGGCUCGAAAUCCACGAUGGGGUGGCGGUGAGAUGAAAUGGGGUAUGCUUGCGAAUGAGGUCUUCGAGGACGAAGAUCCAAGCUGGAGUCCAGAGGAGUUCAGAUUGCAGACGGAGAAGCGGGACAAGGCUCAAGAUGAGAUGAGGAAGAUCGACGAGAUUGCUAAGGGGAACGAUCGACUGAGCGUUGAGGACAUGAUCGCCAAAAGUGAGAAGGCCGCCUCUCUAUCUGGUGGUUCAGACGGUGCAAACCCACCAACGGGCUUGUCGGCCGAGCAAAUUUCAAGCCGCAUCUCAACGUUGACCCCGACCGAGAAUGCGAUUGGUGCAACCCCGGGGGCUGAGAACGACGAGAAGCCGCCGAAGAAGAAGAAUCGCUUGACAGUACCGGUCUCGAGCUCGGACAACGCCACUGAGAAGACGUCGAGCUCUACAAACACAUCCUCGCUAGCCGCCUACAACGACUCACAAACUCCUGCGAACACGGUCGACGGGAUUGGCGACGCCACCCCACCAACGCCCACAUCUCCAAGCGAAACGUCUUCGUCUCAUUCGCUCUACUCACAGCAGCUCAGGAACGGGCCAUCGAACCCGGCAAUGACAACGACCAGAAUCAUGCCUAGACAGAGUAUCAGCGCUAGUCGUACAGCGGAGACCAAGCGGAAAGAGGAAGGCGAGUUCAAAGAUGGACGAAGACUCAUGUAUACAGCACCGAUGAGGAGGAAGUGGUUUCAGCAAUGGAAGAUUGUCAAGCCGAACGUGAGUUCUUGGGAUGAGAGAGUCGUUUGGAGACGAAUUGGCUGUCCGGAGGCGAUGAAAGAUACGGCUGCGGAUGAGCAUAAGGACACAGCGGACGGCAUUGUCGGCGGAUCGCCGGCAGCAGACACUAAGCCGGCAACACCUGCGCCCACGGCUUUCGGCGACCAAGAACGUGAACGUUACGUUGCCGACGACUUCGACGAAUUUUUCCAGCUUUCCUGCGUCAACCAUCACGUCGCCCUCCUCAAAAUUCGAGUCAGCAAGCGGUAUCUGCACUGGCUGGAGACUGGGAGUCCAGAAGCAUCCCAUAGUCAUCCAAGCACAUCAACGACGGAGCACAAUGACCCUGCAUUGCAGAAGAAUGGUCCGCCCACGAAGCAGAAAAAGAGUCGGGACGUCACAGAAUCAGACAUCCUCCAGCUGAAGCGCUCCAAGUACUACGACCUCCUGAGUGUAGGGGAGCGGGCGGAGUUCUUUGUGGGAUUCUGGAGGGUCAUGUGUUGGGUCAUGAGCGACGAGACUAAUGUGAAGGAGGAGCUGGAGAAUGUGGCUGAGCAGCGUAACUCUAGUGGAGAUGCCUGA